UAAUAACGUUAUUGAUGGAAUAGUGUAGGAUCUAUGAUAUGAUGAUAACUAACAGUAGAGAAGAAAUUGUAAAUACUGAAGAAUACAGAAUGUUGAUAUUUAAUCCAUGCACAUGGUACACAUAACCUUAAGAUGCCUGCUUUAAGUAGUGAAUGAGAGUGCUUUUUAUCAUCCUACAUUCUUUCAGUAGGGGUUCAGCUGCCAGUUUGGUUUUUUAUCAGCAUAUACAUAUAUCAUAUUUAAGAACUUGGCUGCUAUUUAGAAUUGGAUUCAUUUCACUUUUUUAUAACUCUAUGAUGUUACUCAGUAGCAGUUCUUUAUCAUUUUAGAACUAGAAUCACCAGUGGCCGAUGGCUUUCUGUUAUUAGCAUAUUUUGAAGGUUUCAAAGAGGAAUAGCUAGACCUCAUCCAAACGAAUUCAUUUUGUUACUGAGUUUUAUUAAGUUUUUUUCACAGGUGAACAGGUUUGUUUAGUCCUGAGAAUCACUUUCCAGAAUUCUUGAACUAGUGUUUUAUGUGCACGAGUGGGCAGCUUAUGGGAGAACCUCCAUAUUGAUAAGGAGGACGACUGGCAGUGAUGAAAGCACAGAAUUUAAUAUCUUAAGUAAUUUUCUGUUCUAAACUGUAUUGGUUACUGGUGAUGCCAGUUAUAAAUUGUAUUCAAAAUAUUUAAUGUUAUCUUUCCAUGUAUUAAAUUUUCAAAGCAGUAACAGCAAGCUCUGCAAGCCUUUGAUGUACAUACACUUUUUUGUUUUUUGUUUAAUGCUGCAGUAUCAACUACAAAGUUGCAUAACAUUGAAUUGUGUGAGAAGAUAAUUAUGAGAUCUGAUUGAAAAGUAUUGAGAUUGAAUUUACAUCUUAGAUAAAUUUCAUUAAGCAGGGAUGCAACUGUGACGUACAUAUUUUUACAUGAUGAUGCAUGUGUGGACAUGUCUACAGUUCAUUCUAUUGUUUCAGUCAUUCAUGACCAGUGUGUAAAAAAGGGUGAUCACCCUGAUGGCAGAGGCAGUUAAUUCCUCUGAAAUGUCAGACAAUAUAUAGCAGAGUACAUGGUGCUACAUCCAAGAAGAUGGCUAUCUUCAAAUUGAUGUUCAUUAUUUUCUUUGAUUGUGAGGGCUAUGUGUAGUCAGAGUAUGCUCCUCAAGAUCAGACUAUUUGUCGACAUUCCUGUUUAGAAGUGUAGAUAAAUGAUUAUAAAAGUGGGAAUUCAGCCAGUAUAUAAUUUACCAAUGACAUUGUACUCUACCACUCAGCAUAUCUUAUGAGGCAGUUUUUAGCUGAAAGUUUUCCACAAGAGAGAGAGAAAAAAUUUAAUUCACUGCUGAUAAUGUGUGCAUAUAAUUUUAUUUAUCUUCAUGUAGUCUCUUUCAUUUUCUGUUAACAACAAAUGCAUAACUUACACAUCCAUUUAUAUUAUGAGUGACCUUUUGGUAAAGCAAAGUGUAGAAGGGAGGAUACUAUUGAAAUGGAUUUUAAAGAAAUGAGAUAUGAGGGUGCAGACUAGGUUUGUUUGACUUAGGUUAAGAAUUAGUUGUAGACUUGAAAAUGUGAUAUUAACCUUUGGGCACUCUCAAAGUAAAAUGUUUGAAUUUGUUUGACCAGCUGAGCAACUAGUAGCUUUUAAAUAAUCAAUUUUGUUUGUUAGAGAUCAUAGAUAUGUAUUAAGGAAAUGAAGUCAAAUUAAUUUUGUCCUCUAUCCCAUAGUUAUAUAAGCAUGAAGUGUUGUUAUAUUCAACAUAUUUUUAGUUUUUCUUCAGGAGUUGCAUUUUAUGUCAAGUACUUACAAUAAAUCCUACUAACUUCUGAUCAGUAGUUCUGGGAUAUAGUACUAAUUUUAGUUCACUUUCAGCCUGCUUUACCUGCCUAUUUUUGAAUUGUGUACAGACAUUAACAGAGUUUUAUGUUUCUAUUUUUAGAUUAGAAACAAAGCCAACCUUUAGAGAGGAAUUAGCUGUCACCAAGAGAAGUCAUUUCCUGGCUUUACCAGUAGAGAAAAUCUCAAUGAAUGCCUUGCAUCACUAAUUAAAGUUGUGUUACUUUGUUCCAUUUGUUAUAUAUUCAAGGACACAAAAUGGCUGUUCCAAGGUAGCAUUUUCUUUUUAUUAUAAAAUUAUAAUAGGAAGCAACAAAUUAAAAGUUGCUGAGAAAGAUGAAGGCAAAAUAACUGUAAAUGACCCAGUAGUUGAAUUUAUAAAUAUACAAAUCAAAUGUUGUUAUGUGUGGACAUUCUCCAUUUCAUCUGUUAUUUGACAAACAUCAUAAAACAUUACGCCAUGGCAGCUUGUGUCAAAUUGAGAUAGACAUGAACUUGAAACUGUCAAAUUAUGAGGACACAGUGCGACAACUUGACAUUUACUACGGACUGGUUAAGCGACAGCUUUUGAGGUACCAGAGUUCUAUCACAGGUUUGUUUCCUGUGUUGUCAACUGACAAAGAAGUGGCAAGUGUUCGGGAAAGUGUGUACUGUGCAGCUGCAAUCUGGAGCCUGUAUCAAGCUUACAGGCGAAUAGACGAUGACCGAGGGAAGUCAUAUGAACUUGGUCAGUCUGCAGUGAAGUGUAUGAGAGGAAUUCUUGAGUGUUGGAUAAAACAAGCACCAAGAAUAGAAUUGUUCAAGAAAAAUCAGUGCAAUAAACAUGCAUUGCAUUGCAAAUUCCACCUAAUCACAGGUGCUGAAGUGUAUAAUGAUGAAGAAUACCAUCACUUACAGAUAGAUGUUGUGUCUCUGUACUUGAUCUUCUUAGUGCAGAUGAUUACUUCAGGCUUGCAGAUCAUCUAUACACAGGUUGAAGUUGCAUUCAUUCAAAACUUGGUAUACUAUGUGGAACGUGCUUAUCGUACGCCAGAUUAUGGCAUGUGGGAGCGAGGCAGCAAAUACAACGAUGGAACUCCUGAGAUACAUGCAAGUUCUAUUGGUAUAGCCAAAAGUGCUCUGGAAGCAAUAAAUGGAUGUAAUUUGUUUGGUGAGAAGGGAGCAUCAUGGUCAGUUAUUUAUGUUGACAUUGAUGCACAUAAUCGCAAUCGAAGCAUCUUUGAAACAAUGUUACCAAGGGAAUCGAGCUCAAAGGGUGUGGAUUCCUCUUUGAUCCCAACAAUAUCAUUCCCUGCAUUUGCAACACAUGAGGAUGUAUUAUGUGUAGAAACAAAGGCAAACGUUGUCCGUCGACUGAAAGGUCGUUAUGGUUUUAAACGUUUCUGUCGUGAUGGUUACAAGUGUGUGCUGGAGGAUUCUAAUAGGAGAUACUAUAGGAAUGGUGAAACCAAGGAAUUUGAAGGCGUUGAGUGUGAAUGGCCACUAUUUUAUAUAUUUAUGAUAAUAGAUGGUGUAUUUAAGUCGCAACCUGAACAGAUUGAGGAGUACCAGAAUCUUCUUAAAUCUAAAAUCAAGAGAGAUAUGAAUGGAGAUCCAGUAAUUCCAAUGUACUUCUUUGUGCAUGAAGAUAAUAUAGAAUUCGAGAAGCAGGAGCCUGGCAGCCAGAUAAGGCAAUCCAGUAGUGAAGGUAGUGGUGUAAAGGGGAUGUUCCUGUGGAAUCAGGCCAUGUUUGUUAUUGCCCAGCUGCUGACAGCUGGGUUGUUGCAUAUCAAUGAACUGGAUCCUAUACGACGAUAUUUGCCCUCUUACAACAGACCGCGUAAAGGAGGAAGAUAUUCGGCAUUUCAGCAAGGAACUGCCACAGAUCUUGUGGUACAAAUAGUUCUGAUUGCUGAGUCAAUGCGUCUCCAAGCAAUGAUGGCAACUUAUGGCAUCCAAACUCAAACCCCUCACGAGGUGGAACCAGUGCAAAUAUGGUCUUCAAGAGAGUUGGUUAAAGUUUACAAACAACUUGGUGUUAACUCCAAGCUAUGUUUGAAUGGAAGACCUGUUCGACCUAUAGGGGCACUUGGUACAAGCAAGGUGUAUCGAGUUUGUGGAAUGACGGUUUUGUGUUAUCCUUUGAUAUUUGAGGUGUCCGAGUUCUACUUGUACAGAGAUAUGGCAUUACUUAUCGAUGACAUCAAAACUGAACUGCAGUUUGUUGGACGGUACUGGAGACUUUCAGGCCGACCAACUGUUUGCCUCCUCAUCCGAGAGGAACAUAUGAGAGAUCCACAAUUCAAGGAGAUGCUGGAUCUUUUAGCAAUGUUGAAAAAAGGCUAUUGUGAUGGAAUGAAAGUCCGAAUUGGGCGACUACAAAAUCUCAUUUCUUCAUCAUGCAUCGAACAUUUGGACUUCAUGAACACAGUGGAUACAUCUGAGAUGACAUUUCAGCAGUUUCGCCAAAUGGAACAUGAAUACAUUGGUUAUCAGAGUCUUACAGAUGUCCCCAGAGCAUUACAAUAUACUGAAGAUCCCAAGACAUACCAAGCUCUGGAAAAUAAACCAAUACAUGAAUUAUUGGAUACACUACGGAACACUGAAGGGGUGUAUGCCAGGUGCCAGUUAUAUGGAAUGCUUCUGAAGCGAGAAGGUCUCAAGUACGAAUUCAAUGGCCUCACAGUUGAGGAUCACUUGAAGAACUUAUACCACCAUGCAGGCUGCUUACGAUACUGGGUAGCUGUGCGGUAUUGCAGCAGCCUCCUUCAUCACACUGUGGACAGCAUUAGCCCUUUCAUCACAACAGUGUUAGUGAAUGGAAAGCAGCUUACUGUAGGUGUGACUGGACACCAAGAAACAGUUUUUGACAAACCCAUGACUCCUGCUGAGAUCCAGUCUGUAAUGUAUUCUACCAUUCAGCCAUAUGAUAUCAUACAAGCUGUGUUACAACAGGAGGUUGUACUAUAUUGUGGUCGUCUCAUUGCCACAAAUCCUGAAAUGUUUAAAGGAAUUCUCAAGAUAAGAGUAGGCUGGGUUCUGGAAGCCAUGAAGCUUUAUCUUCAAAUGAUGUCAGAUUCCAAACCAUUAGAGAGUCACAGUCCAUAUCAAGUGCGACAGCUGCUUCAUAAAGUACUCUCAGUUAGGGAGUGGGCUACACAGGAAAACUUGACCCCAUUACAGCGACGACGGCUUGAGGGCUGUUUGUGUCGUGUUCCAACUCACUUCUAUGUCCAGGUGUGGGAUGUCAUGUCUCGCACACCACAAGGUAUAACAGUUCAGGGGAGCCACCUACCACAGCAUCCGACCCUGUCCAACAUGACGCAGUCAGAACUCAAUUUUGCAUUACUUGUUGAAGAGAUGCUGAACCACAUCCAGAAGCCAGAAUACAGGCAAAUUGUUGUAGAAUUAUUGUGUAUUGUUUCCACAAUACUGACCAGGAAUCCUGAGCUAACUUUCCAGAGUCAACUGGAUCUUGAUCAUUUGGUGAAAGAAGCCUAUUUCAUGUAUUGUAAGGAUAACAAGACUGAGAAACUGGAUGACCUGACCCCAUUCUUCUCCACUCACUAUUCCAUUACAACUGGUUAUUUGGCACGAGCAGUUGUCAACAAUGUCUUGCAGGGUGGUCAGUUGGCAACAGGUUCUGAAAAUGACAAUGACAUUGGUCAGGAAGAGCCUUGCAGAAUUUCAUAGCUGAGAGUUGACACACAAAUAAAUACUAGUCCAAUGUGUACAUUAUAAUUGACAAUGAAUCUGUACACUUGUAAUUGUUAAGAGAUUUUUAAUGGGAUAAAGUAAAUUAUUAUAAUGGCAAUGAGUGA